AAUUGAUUGAAUUUGUAAACAAUGAUCGAUUUAUUGGUAUAUAUUGACGACAACAUUUGUUGUGGACGAAAUGGAGAUUAUUUUCGUAGCCAUUACAUUUAAGCAAUGGCGGGUGUUACCCUUGAAAGCCAUACUACCUAUAACCAAACAUCGUCAUCAUUCUGGAAUGGCAAUUGGGGAAAUGUUCCUUUUGCAUUACUCAUUUUGAUAUUGAUUUCGGCCACUAUAACUGUAUUAUUGUUAAUGCUGACCUUAUAUUGUCUCUUUUUUUGUCUAUGGAAAAAAUAUUAUCGUCCAAAACCAAAAAAUGAUAUAUUGACAUCGCGAAGAUCAUUUUUGUUUACCGAAUCUUUAAGUCAGACCCGAAGUAUCGGAUCGGGAGGUAAAAAACGCAAGAAUGUAAACAACCCAACUGCAAUUCCAACCAAUUGGGCAGAUGUUGAAAUCAUGUUGAAAAUGCCCAACGAUGCUAUGCGUCAAUUAAAACGUGAACAAACACCUAUCAUGAGAAUGGUACAAUUGACUAGAGCAAAUCGUAGACAAUUAAUCAAUCUAGGAUACUCGGACGCAGAAUUAGAAUCGAUUGGCUACUAUAGAUCUGAUACACUCAACAAGAAUAGAAAACAAAUACCAGAUUGGUAUGCAACCGUCACUGAUAAUUCACAGUCAGAAUCACUGUCACUCAAACCUAUGAUUCGUACUGAUCAAAGUGAACAAGAAGUGACAUUUAAAUCAACAGAAUUUGAAAGUGGGCGCUCGAACAGAGAUAAAAGAGGUAGAAUGCUUCCAAAUAAAUAUAAAUAAAAAUUUAUAAACAUUAUCCAUAACCGA